GCCAAUCUCCUGAUCAUGGCCCACCAUCCUAAUCAAUCCAACCAUCGUUUCGAGUCGGUCGACAAGUGCGCAUCGAUCGGACGUGAAAAGCACACGGUGGUCGCCGACAUGGAUGGGACACUCCUACGUGGCCGCAGCUCAUUCCCUUACUUUGCACUGGUCGCGUUUGAGGUGGGUGGCAUCCUACGGCUCCUAUUCUUGCUCCUUGCAUCGCCGAUCGCUGGCGUUCUUUACUACUUUGUAUCGGAAUCGGCUGGGAUCCAAGUUCUAAUCUUCGCGACGCUAGCGGGGAUGAAGGUGGCUGAUAUUGAAUCGGUGGCACGUGCUGUCCUUCCGAAGUUCUACUCGACCGAUCUCCACCCCGAGUCGUGGCGGGUAUUCUCAUCGUGCGGUCGGCGAUGUGUUCUCACGGCCAAUCCAAGGAUUAUGGUGGAAGCAUUCCUUAAGGAAUACUUGGGUGCUGAUAAAGUCAUCGGGACUGAGAUCUCUACUUACAAAGGUCGAGCCACUGGGUUUGUUCUUCGCACUGGGGUCUUGGUCGGCCGUAACAAGGCGACCGCACUACGUGAGACCUUUGGAGAUGCUUCCCCGGAGAUCGGACUCGGCGAUCGGAGGACCGAUUUCCCGUUCAUGUCACUUUGCCAGGAAAGCUACAUGGUCCCACCAAAGCCUGAGGUGGACCCAGUAAGCCGAGACAAGCUACCGAAGCCGAUCGUCUUCCAUGAUGGUCGAUUGGUCCAGAAACCUACGCCGUUGAUGGCCUUACUGACCAUCUUAUGGAUUCCAGUAGGCUUUUUGCUUGCCUGCCUUCGAAUCGCCGCUGGUGCACUUCUCCCGAUGCCGUUGGUCUACUAUGCAUUUUGGGCACUUGGAGUCCGAGUCACUGUUAAAGGGACCCCACCUCCCCCAGCUCAGAAAUCACUGGGCCAAACUGGCGUCCUCUUCAUCUGCUCCCACAGGAGUCUUCUCGAUCCCAUCUUCCUCUCGACGGCCCUGGGCCGUCCGAUCGCUGCAGUCACAUACUCCGUGUCCCGCCUCUCUGAGUUCCUCUCCCCCAUUAAGACCGUGCGUCUCACACGUGACCGCGCCACCGAUGCCGCUAUGAUCAAGAAGCUACUAGAGGAGGGAGACCUUGUCAUAUGCCCAGAGGGGACCACCUGUCGCGAGCCAUUCUUGCUGAGGUUCUCGGCGUUGUUUGCAGAACUAACGGACCAGAUUGUCCCAGUGGCGAUGGCUAAUCGGAUGAGCAUGUUCCAUGGGACCACAGCUCGAGGGUGGAAAGGGAUGGACCCAUUUUACUUCUUCAUGAACCCGAGUCCGGCGUAUGAAGUCACGUUCCUGAGUAAGUUGCCACAUGAACUUACAUGCAGUGCUGGGAAAUCUAGCCAUGAAGUGGCUAACUACAUACAAAGGGUCAUAGCUGCAAGUCUCUCAUAUGAGUGCACCAGUUUCACUAGAAAAGAUAAAUACAGAGCACUUGCUGGGAACGAUGGGACCGUCGCAGAGAAACCCAAGCUCAAGCGCAACCAAGUCAUGGGUUGCUAGAAAACCCCAUGUUUAAGCGGUUACACACGUCCACCGUAUCUGUUGCAUGUAAACAUGGCAAUCCCGACCGUCCUAAUCGCAGGGCCUUACUUGGAUGGAUCGUAGCCUAAAAAUCAUAUGGAUCGGACGAUAUUAAUAACCUGAUUCAAUGGUUUAAUUCUCAUCCAUCCAUUUUGAUAGGACAAGUUGAUAGUUUCAUCAUUCAAUCACAAUGGGCCCUACGACUUGAAUGGUUUAGAUUGAUGUAUAUGCGUGCAAAUGCGUACCUUGGAUGAGUAACCGAACAUGAGGAUGGUCCAUUUUUCUUUUAAGUAUUAAAAUGGUAGUGUAUUUUCUUCUUCUUGGGUUUAAGAUGUUGGGGUUAGGGCAUGAGAUGAAAGUUCUUACUUGUGUCAAGCUGUGUGAGAAUUUCUAAAUAGAGAUUAUUGUAAUAAA